AUGAUGAGCAGGAAAUGGGACUCAAACUCUUCGGAAAACUGGAAUCACACCUGGAGUAGCAAUGACACACAGCAACCCUGGUACUCGGAUAUCAACAUCACCUAUGUGAACUAUUAUCUUCACCAGCCUCAAGUGGCAGCGAUCUUCAUUAGUUCCUACUUCCUGAUUUUUUUCCUGUGCAUGGUGGGAAAUACUGUAGUUUGCUUUAUUGUAAUAAGGAACAAACACAUGCACACUGUCACUAAUUUCUUCAUCUUAAACCUGGCAAUAAGUGAUUUGCUGGUUGGAAUAUUCUGCAUGCCUAUCACAUUGCUGGACAACAUCAUAGCAGGAUGGCCAUUUGGAAGCAGCAUGUGCAAGAUCAGUGGGCUGGUGCAGGGAAUAUCAGUCUCCGCUUCAGUCUUUACCUUGGUUGCCAUAGCCGUGGACAGAUUCCGGUGUGUGGUCUACCCUUUUAAGCCAAAGCUCACUAUCAAGACAGCAUUUGUCACUAUUGUGAUCAUCUGGGGUCUGGCCAUCGCCAUUAUGUCUCCAUCUGCAGUAAUGUUACACGUACAAGAAGAAAAAUACUACCGUGUGAGACUCAGCUCCCACAAUAAAACCAGCACAGUCUACUGGUGUCGGGAGGACUGGCCAAACCAGGAAAUGAGGAGGAUCUACACGACUGUGCUAUUUGCCACCAUCUACCUGGCUCCGCUGUCCCUCAUUGUUGUCAUGUAUGCACGGAUUGGGGCUUCCCUCUUCAAGACUUCAGCAAAUUGCUCCGGAAAGCAGCGCCAGGAGCAGUGGCAUGUGUCCAAGAAGAAACAGAAGGUCAUCAAGAUGCUGUUGACUGUGGCCCUCCUUUUUAUGCUUUCCUGGCUGCCCCUAUGGACCCUGAUGAUGCUCUCGGACUAUGCUGACCUGUCUCCUAACAAACUGCGUGUCAUCAACAUCUACAUCUACCCCUUCGCCCACUGGCUUGCCUUUUGCAACAGCAGUGUCAACCCCAUCAUUUACGGUUUCUUUAACGAAAAUUUUCGCAGUGGUUUCCAAGAUGCGUUCCAGAUCUGCCAAAAGAAAACCAAACCCCAGGAAGCCUAUGUCCUAAGAGCUAAAAGCAACAUGGUCAUAAACACAUCUGGCCUGCUGGUCCAGGAACCUGCAUCUCAAAACCUAGCUGGGGAACAUUUGAUGUGUGGAAAAAGUGCUGAAAAUCCCACACAGGAAUCCCUGGUGGAAGAAAUGAGAGAAGCUACUAAUAGUACUGAGGUUUAA